AUAUAUGUUGAUAGAAUCAUAUCUUUAGAGAGAGAGAGAGAAAGAAAAAUGGGGUUGACGAGUUUGAAUCAACAACUUUUGUCCAAGAUAGCAACCAAUGAUGAACAUGGUGAAAAUUCUCCAUACUUUGAUGGUUGGAAGGCAUAUGAUAAUGAUCCUUUUCACCUCACCAAAAACCCUAAUGGUGUCAUCCAAAUGGGUCUUGCUGAAAACCAGCUAUGUUUUGACCUAAUUAAGGGGUGGAUUGAGAAAAACCCAACAGCAUCCAUUUGCACAACUGAAGGAUCAAUGGCUUUCAAGGACAUAGCCAACUUUCAGGACUAUCAUGGCCUGCCGGAGUUUAGGAAUGCUGUCGCGAAGUUUAUGGGGAGAGUAAGAGGUGGAAGGGUUAAGUUUGAUCCGAACAAGAUAGUAAUGAGCGGAGGAGCCACCGGAGCUAAUGAGACGAUCAUGUUUUGUUUAGCCGAUCCCGGUGAUGCAUUUCUAGUUCCAUCACCUUAUUAUCCAGCAUUUGUUCGGGAUUUGAGAUGGCGAACCGGUGUUCAAAUAAUACCAGUUACCUGUGAGAGCUCAAACAAUUUCCAAAUCACCAUAGAAGCCCUAGAAGAAGCAUACAACAAAGCAAUAGAGGCCAACAUUAGAGUGAAAGGCUUGAUCAUAACCAACCCAUCAAACCCAUUAGGCACCAUUUUAGACAAAGACACUCUCAAAAGCUUGGUGAAUUUCAUCAAUGAAAGAAACAUCCACCUUGUAUGCGACGAAAUCUACGCUGCCACCAUUUUCAGGCCUCCCCACUUCACUAGCAUUUCUGAGGCCAUUCAAGACAUGGAUAGUAACAAUGAUCUCAUUCACAUCGUUUACAGUUUGUCGAAAGACAUGGGUUUUCCUGGCUUUAGGGUUGGUAUUGUUUACUCAUACAACGAUGAAGUUGUAAGUUGUGCUCGAAAGAUGUCGAGUUUUGGAUUAGUAUCUUCCCAAACUCAAUACUUACUCGCUGCAACGCUCUCUGACGAUGAUUUUGUGGGGAGGUUUCUUGAUGAGAGCUCGAGGAGGCUAUAG